AUGCCUUGUCAGAAGCCUAUCCUACCUCAAGAUAGAUGUGCUCUAUCACCAAGAUCUUGUACUAGAAGUCCAACCCUUCUAGAACAACAGCACACUGCAGUAGCGCAACAAUAUCAGCAACAGCAGCAAGAGCACCAGCACACUGCAGUAGCACAACAAUAUCAGCAACAACAGCAAGAGCACCAGCACACUGCAGUAGCACAACAAUAUCAGCAACAGCAGCAAGAGCACCAGCACACUGCAGUAGCACAACAAUAUCAGCAACAGCAGCAAGAGCACCAGCACACUGCAGUAGCGCAACAAUAUCAGCAACAGCAGCAAGAGCACCAGCACACUGCAGUAGCGCAACAAUAUCAGCAACAGCAGCAAGAGCACCAGCACACUGCAGUAGCGCAACAAUAUCAGCAACAGCAGCAAGAGCACCAGCACACUGCAGUAGCGCAACAAUAUCAGCAACAGCAGCAAGAGCACCAGCACACUGCAGUAGCGCAACAAUAUCAGCAACAGCAGCAAGAACAACAGCACACUGCUGUUGCACAACAAUAUCAGCAACAACAGCAAGAGCACCAGCACACUGCUGUUGCUCAACAAUACGAACAGCAACAGCACACUGCAGUACAACAACAAUACGAACAGCAACAGCACACUGCAGUAGCACAACAAUAUCAGCAACAACAGCAAGAGAUACGCAACAGUUUAGUGUACAAACCGCUGGACCCUCAAACAGCCUUGCCUCCUACCCAACCUCUCAGAACCCGGUCAUCCAGCCCCCUUCCUAAACUUACGAACCCCGUACGUAACAAUCCCCCCGAGGGGACGUUGGGUGAAGAUGGGGUAACUCGCCUCCCAUCCUCCGAGGCCCUUGCCCCAACCCAGUACGUGGGUCCGCCCCACGGGGCAUUUCGUGGGGCAAGACAGGCUGCCCGCGCUCUUCAGCUUCCCCAUGCCCACAACUACGAGCAGAUCAACCUCAUCGGCAACGGCGCAUACGGCACCGUAUACCUGGGCCGCGACCUGAGCGAGCGCGGGCGCUACGUCGCCCUCAAGAAGAUCAAGAUCACGCUCACUGACGACGGCAUGCCUGUGAGCGCCGUCAGGGAGAUCUCGCUGCUCAAACAACUAGAGACAUUCAAACAUCCCUCCUGAUGCACCAAAUCCUAAGCGGCGUGGAUUUCCUGCACAGUAACCGCAUUAUUCACCGGGACCUAAAGCCACAGAAUAUCCUCGUGGAUCGUAACGAUAAAGUCAAGAUCGCGGACUUCGGUCUUGCCCGCAUCUACGACUACAACAUGAAACUAACCACGAUGGUAGUAACCUUAUGGUACCGCGCGCCCGAGGUACUACUUAGCAACUCUUACGCGACGCCCGUGGACAUUUGGUCGUGCGCUUGCAUCUUCGCUGAGCUCUUCAGGAAGAGACCGCUCUUUGAGGGCCAUACUGAAGGGGACCAACUGCAGCGUAUCUUUGAGGUGAUCGGGACGCCCAGUGAGCGGGACUGGCCCAGCGAUGUGUCCCUGUGCAUCAGCAGCUUCCGGGGCAACCGUCCCAAGCCGCUGCCUGACGUCGUCCCUGAGCUUACGUCUGACGCCGCUGACCUCAUGCAGCGCAUGCUGACGUUCGUCCCAGACAGCCGAGCGUCCGCACGUCAGUCACUCCGUCACUCUUACUUCAACGAGGUCUCCCAAGAUCUAGCGGUCCCUGGUCACUCAUCCACCUCUUCGUCUAUUCCCCCAACGUCACCAUCCAUUCCUCCAACCCAAUUACCAAUCCCAUCAACCGAUUCAUCCGUCCCAGUAAUAGCAUCGUCCACCCAAUCAACCCAAAUGUCUGUCCAAUCAACCGCAUUGCCCACUCAAUCAACCUCGUCAUCCAUCACGCCCACCUCGAUGACGAGCGCAUCUGGCGUCUCGUCCAUGAUAUGUGAUGAUGAACCUGCGAUCAAUUCUCCGGACUACAGGACUCAUCCUAGUGGGAAUUCCGGGGUCCAUCCUAGUGGGGACUCUAGGGCCCAUCCUAGUGGGGACUCUAGGGCCGAUCCUAGUGGAGACUCUAGGGCCGAUCCUAGUGGUGACUCUAGGACCAAUCCUAGUGUGGGCUCUAGUGCCCAGGUGUCAGCUGCAGUCACCGACAACGACGAAAACAACCCUAAUCGCAGCAACGUUCUCAAUGACCCCAAUUCUGCCCUCAACAAAACGGUGCUUGUUCCCUCUACCCUCGCCGCUCUACCCUCAGCCUCUACUUCUCUACCGCUGCAAUCUACUGUAACAUCAUCUACCGCGGGCUCUACCAGAGAGGGCUACUCUAACUGACAUAAUACGGUAGCACAACGACUAAUUCCGGUGUAAAGGAUCAAUUCCGGUGUAAAGGAUCAAUUCCGGUGUGAAGGAUCAAUUCCGGUGUGAAGGAUCAAUUCCGGUGUAAAGGAUCAAUUGCGGUGUAAAAUCAAUUGCGGUGUAAAGGAUCAAUUCCGGUGUAAAGGAUCAAUUCUGGUGUAAAGGAUCAAUUCCGGUGUAAAGGAUCAAUUCCGGUUUAAAUGAUCAAUUCCGGUGUAAAGGAUCAAUUCCGGUGUAAAGGAUCAACUCCGGUGUAAAGGAUCAACUCCGGUGUAAAUGAUCAAUUCCGGU